AUGGAAAAAGACGAUCUGGGAGUCGAGGCCACGCAGAAUUCUCUCUCGUUUAUCCCUCGCAGUGUCGACUCGGCCCGGGUGCUCUCAGGCGAGUCCUAUGCCUAUUACACGCCCUGCCCAACAGCAAUCACACCGCACGAUAAAUCAAAUCCAACCAACGGUGCUUCCGAGAGCACACCAUGUGUGCUGGGUGUUGACGAAGCCGGUCGCGGCCCAGUCCUGGGUCCCAUGGUCUACAGUGCUUUCUACCUGCCAAUCGAGCUUCAUCACUCCCUCCUCGCCAAAGACCACAGCUUCGACGAUAGUAAAGCUCUCACCGCCGCAGUACGCGCCAACCUCAUGCACCUUUUGAACACACCGGGUCAUGCGCUGUACGAAUCGUGCGGGUACGCUAUCAAGCUGCUUUCUGCCCGCGAUAUUUCCUCCGGCAUGAUGAAACCCGGGACUGCGGUCUACAAUCUCAAUGCCCAGGCGAUGGACGCGACGAUCGAAAUCAUCCGCGGCGUAGUCGAAGAACGAGGGGUGGAUGUGCGAGAAGUUUACAUCGACACAAUUGGCAACCCAGCGACAUACCAGCAGAAGCUGGAGCGAAUUUUUCCUUCCUUGAAAAUCACCGUGGCUAAGAAAGCGGAUUCUCUCUACCCGUGCGUGAGUGCUGCUAGUGUAGCGGCUAAAGUAACGCGUGAUGUUGCUUUGGAAGUUUUAUACGAGUCUGUGCUGCAGGCACAGGCCAUUGAGAACGCUCCUACAGUCCCCGAGGGAUGGGGUAGCGGUUACCCCUCAGAUUCUAAGUGUGUCGGCUGGCUCCGGCGUAACAUGGACCCUGUUUUUGGCUGGGGUAAUGAGUGCCGCUUCAGUUGGGGUACGGCUAAGGAAAUGCUUGAGGUGAAGGGAGGGGCAAGGGUGGACUGGCCGGCUGAUGAUGAGGAUGGAAACGGCAUGCUCAGCGAAUUCCUCCUAGCAUCGGGGCCGGGUAAGGGAUCAGGUCAGAAUGGCUUGCGUGAAUGGUUUGGUCAGAAACAGGCCGAAAUUAUAUGA